GAAAGUAAACACACCCGAGCUCACAGAACUCCUGCUGCAGAAGAUACCGGACCAGCGCGCGACAACGGCGGAACAAAAAGCGUGACAUAACAAAAAGAAAAUGUCCCAGCAGGCAGUGAACGGGGUCCCGCACCGGGGCAAGGUGCUAACCCUGGACAACAUGAACCCCAAUGUGAAGCAGGUCGAGUACGCGGUGCGAGGUCCCAUCGUGCAGCGGGCGGUGCAGAUAGAGAAGGAGCUGAAAGAGGGCGUCAAGAAACCCUUCACAGAAGUCAUCAAAGCUAACAUAGGUGACGCCCACGCGAUGGGACAGAAACCAAUCACAUUUCUCCGACAGGUCUUGGCUUUGUGUGCUUACCCUGAACUCUUGGAAGACAACAAGUUCCCAGAGGACGCCAAGCAAAGAGCGCGGCGAAUUCUUGAGGCGUGUGGAGGCCACAGCAUAGGGGCCUACAGUGCAAGCCAGGGCAUCGAGUGUAUUCGUCAGGAUGUGGCACGCUACAUCGAGAAGAGGGAUGGUGGGAUCCCCUCCAAUCCUGACAACAUCUACCUUUCCACCGGGGCCAGUGAUGCCAUCGUGACCAUGCUGAAGCUGCUGGUGCGCGGCGAGGGCCGUGACCGCACAGGCGUGAUGAUCUCCAUCCCACAGUACCCUCUGUACUCGGCGGCCGUGGCAGACCUGGGCGCGGUGCAGGUCAGUUACUACCUGGACGAGGACAAGUGCUGGAGUCUAGAUGUUGCUGAGGUCAGGAGAGCUCUUAAUGAAGCCAGGCAGCACUGCAACCCACGCGUCCUCUGCAUCAUCAACCCUGGAAACCCCACUGGUCAGGUCCAGAGCAGACAGUGCAUCGAAGAUGUGAUCCGAUUCGCUAAAGAGGAGCAUCUCUUCCUCAUGGCUGAUGAGGUCUAUCAGGAUAACGUGUACGCAGAGGGCUGUAAGUUUCACUCCUUUAAGAAGGUGUUGUUUGAGAUGGGACCAGAGUACUCUGGCACAGUUGAGAUGGCCUCCUUCCACUCCACCUCCAAGUGCUACAUGGGAGAGUGUGGAUUCCGUGGCGGAUACAUGGAAAUAAUCAACAUGGACCCUGAGGUGAAGGCCCAGCUCACCAAGCUGGUGUCGGUGCGUCUGUGCCCCCCUGUCCCCGGACAGGCUCUCCUGGACCUGGUGGUGAACCCGCCGCAGCCCGAUGAGCCUUCUUACGCCACAUUUAUGAAGGAGCGGACGGCAGUGUUGGCGGCUUUAGCAGAGAAGGCCGGUCUAACAGAGCAGAUAUUCAACAAGGUACCUGGUAUCACCUGUAACCCUGUGCAGGGCGCCAUGUACACCUUUCCCCGCAUCACUCUACCUCAGAAGGCCAUCGACAAGGCAAAGGAGGAGGGCUCAGUCCCAGACAUGUUUUACUGCAUGAAGCUGCUGGAGGAGGAGGGAAUCUGCUUGGUGCCAGGAAGCGGCUUUGGCCAGAGAGAGGGAACUUUCCACUUCAGGAUGACCAUUUUGCCUCCCACUGAGAAGCUGAAAGUCGUCCUGCAGAAAAUCAGCAACUUCCACCAGAGGUUCACGAAAGAGUUUUCAUAACAAGGCAGAACUGCAUCUCGAGAAUCGUCUUAGUCAGUGCCAGUAAUCGUCCUCAAGUGCCUUGAUGAGAUGGACGCAUCAGUCCCUGCAGUAAAUCUCUCUUUCAGACUGUAUUCACAGUAGAUCAGAGUUUCACAUCAGUGAGGAACACUUCCUGGUUUACACAGCUCCAGAGAGUGGUAGAUUCUUGUGUACAUACAGCAUGUUAAGAUGUGAUGAACUUUAAUACAUGAUGCACUUUCCCAAAGUAUUACCAGGCCAGGUUUGUAAUGUUCAUAGAGAUUUUAUAGAUGUAAUCAUGUUAUAACCACAGAUAUCUCCUGCCAGUACGUAGAGCAGACACAUGUUCUUACUUGAUUAAUCCAACAUGCAUUAGUGUUCAAAUGUUCUUAUGUGAUUAAACACUUGAAUUUCUAACCCUGA